CUGCGAUCCUGCAAACCAACAGUAGCUUUGUCUCGUCUCCGUCUUCCCCUCCGAUUGGCAAACCAACAACCAUAGCUUUUGUCUUCUCUCUGUCUUCUUCCCCGCUCCGCACCAUGGAUGGACUCGAGCACCCGCGCAAUGGCCGGACAGCCUACCACUUCCAGCCGGCCAAGUUCUGGCAGAAUGAUCCCAACGGGCCGCUGUACCACAACGGCAUGUACCACUUCUUCUACCAGUACAACCCCCAUGGCGCCACCUGGGGCGACGGCACGCUCUCAUGGGGCCACUCCGUCUCCGGCGACCUCGUGAACUGGGCCGACGUCGGCAACGCGCUCGACCCCACCUCCCCGUUCGACGCCAACGGGUGCUGGUCGGGCUCCGCCACCGUGCUCCCCGGCGGCCGCCCGGCCAUCCUCUACACCGGCAUCGACGCCAACAGGGUGCAGGUGCAGAACGUGGCCUUCGCCAAGAACCCCGCCGACCCGCUCCUCCGCGAGUGGGAGAAGCCCGACUGCAACCCGGUCAUGCCCAUGCCGGCGGACGUCACCGGCAACAACUUCCGUGACCCCACGGAGGCGUGGCGCGGCCGCGACGGCCUGUGGAGGGUCGGCAUCGUCGCUGAGGUCGGCGGCGUGGGGUCGCUGCUCGUGUACCGGAGCGCGGACUUCCUCCGCUGGGAGCGCAACGCCGCGCCUCUGCACGCCAGCGACGUGCCCGUGCUCGAGUGCCCGGACCUGUUCCCGAUGGCGCCGCCCGGCGUGGCGGAGGGGCUCGACGUGUCCGCGAGCGGCGCCGGGGUGCUGCACGUGCUCAAGCUCACGGACUUCGCCAAGGAGGACCACUACAUGGUCGGGCGGUACGACGACGAGGCGGACACCUUCGUGCCGGCGGAGCCCGAGCGCGGCGGCGACCCCGGCAACUGGCGCCGGCUCGACCACGGCCACCUGUACGCGUCCAAGUCCUUCUACGACGGCCGCAACAAGCGGCGCGUGCUGUGGGCGUGGGUGGACGAGAACGACGGCGGCGGCGUCGCCAGAGGGUGGGCCGGCAUCCAGGCGUUCCCGAGGGCGAUCUGGCUGGACGCCGACGGGAAGCGGCUGGUGCAGUGGCCAAUCGAGGAGAUAGAGACGCUGAGGAGGAAGCGCGUCGGCCUGCAGUGGGCGACGGAGGUGGAGGCCGGCGGCAGGAAGGAGAUCGCCGGCAUCGUGAGCUCGCAGGCGGACGUGGAGGCGGUCUUCGAGAUACCGAACCUGGAGGAGGCAGAGACGCUGGACCCGAAGUGGCUGCAGGACCCCAAGGGGCUGUCCGCCGAGAUGGGCGCCUCCGGACACGGCGGAGUCGGGCCGUUCGGGCUGCUGGUCUUGGCCUCCGGCGACCUGGAGGAGCACACCGCCGUCUUCUUCAGGGUGUUCAAGCACGAUGGCAAGUACAAGGUCCUCAUGUGCACCGACCUGACAAGGUCGUCGAGGAAAGAGGGGAUAAACAAGCCAUCCUACGGCGCAUUUCUGGACGUGGACGUGGAGAAGGACAGGAGCAUCUCGCUCAGAACACUGAUCGAUCACACGGUGGUGGAGAGCUUCGGCGACGGCGGGAGGACGUGCAUGACGGCCAGGGUGUACCCGGAGCACGCCGCGACGGGCAGCAGCCGGCUGUACGCGUUCAACUACGGCGCCGGCGCCGUGAAGGUGUCCAAGCUCGAGGCGUGGGAGCUGGCGACGGCGGCCGUCAACGGCGGGGGCGCUAUGUAGCUUGGUUGCGUCGACACUGAUGCAUGAUUUGGAGCCAGCUCGAGUGUGAAUUUGUGGUGGUUUUAACCUAUAUUGUUGUUCAAUAAUGAAACAUUCUUCAACAAAAAUAGAGAUGAAAAACAACAGCCGUGUCGGCGAUCUGUCGGUGAA